UUUGUCCGAUCGGCAAAACUUUUCGCAAACACUUCUGUCCCGUUCGAGGAACUAGCAUUGCGCUUCAGUCAACUUCCGUUUCAUCAGGAUGCUUCUUUGGCUCCGGUACCUCAGGGUUUGGCCGUGAUGGAUGAUCACGACGUGCUGGAUGCGAUAUUGCAUGGUGUGGAUGGAUCAGGCCCGGUUCGAAUGCCCAAAUUGAUGUCUACCGGGUGUCAGUCAAAACUCGGGAUGAGUAUUGAAUCGUCUGCACCUCUAAGAACACUGAUCUCAUCUCGUUUGAAUGAACUGAUCAAAAGUCAGUCGGAAAGCACAAACAAAAAACCGAACAAUCUUGAACUGUCACAGGUUUGCGGUGUAUCGAGUCAAAUCAACCAGAUCAUGCUUCUCACCCUGUGGCUGGGUGAACUACUGCUUUCCGAAAUGGGCUACCUACGAGAGAGUCUAUCUAAAGAGGACGGUGAUGAAAUGCUCCAGUCUCGUCUUCAAGCCACCAGAGAUGAAUUUCAACAACUGUUCACACUACCAGAAGUGUUGAAAUUCCUGCCGGAUAUCAAGGUUCUUCUGUAUGAAUUGAUCGAAAGCUAUGGAAAUCACGAGGAGAUGGUGUUUGUCACAGAACUCAUGGGUGACUAUCCCCGGCUAGUCGAUCAUUAUAUGCGUUUGGGAAUGUACAAGGAGGCUCUGGACACAUUUGUUUCCGAACCAAGAAGUUGUCUGGAUCGAAUGUAUGAGCACGCAGUGACCUUGGUUCUUCACGAAACCGAACGCGUGGUACAAAUUUGGUUGCGUCUGGGAAAACGACUCAAUCCUCCCCGGUUACUCCCGGCUAUUCUACUGCUCACACCAGCACAUGCAAUUCGCUAUUUGCAAGCGGUUGUGGAACGUCAAGCUUGUGAACAGGCUGUACACCAUCUGCUCAUCUGGCUUUACGCUCAAACAAACUCGGGGAAGGCGUCCGUGACUGAACCGGAGCCUGAAUCGAAAGACUCUUUGACAAUCUAUCUAGAAAAUGUUAGUGCACAGAACACCGACCUGGGACCGUUUGAGGAGCCCACGAACCUAUGGGAACUAUCACAAACCCUGAUGACCACGGAUACUGUUGUGUUCCCGAACCAAAACAUACAGUCGCCGGAUAUCACUACACCGCACGGUAGUCGUCUACCCCAAUUGGCCCUCCCGUUCGACCCGGGGUUCGCUUUGCGCACGUGCAAAGAAGUCGGUCACUUGUACGGGACAAUUCAUCUGCUCAAACUGAUGGGUAUGCAUCAACAAGCGCUUCAGACCGCCUUGCAAGCUAAAAUGAACGUUAUGGCAAAAGAUAUUGCGAAAACAGAAACACUGAGUAAGGAGAAACGUCGCGCGUUGUGGUUGGAACUCGCUCGACACGUGAUUGCCGAACAGAGUCAACCGCAAGAAGCAACACAACUGUUGAGGGAAUGUACUCUCCUCAGACUGGACGAUAUCCUCCCGUGUUUCCACGAAUUUGUGACGAUCGACGAAUUCAAGAUGUCUGAGACUGAGCGUUUGCGUAUUGCCACAUGCCAUCCAGCCCGAUGUUUUCUGGGACAUUUUUUCUGA